AUGGGAGAAGAAUACAUCGGAAACCUCAACGGGCGUGCGUUUUCCACCGCGGGCCCUGCUCCAGCCACCUUUGUAAGCUGCGGUGCCCGCGUCCUGCUGCCCCGAACGGCGAGGGAGGUCCCCGGCGCCGGCGGCGCCCUCCUAGGCCCGCCCACCGGAUCCUCGGGGACCUCCCUUCGCAGGAGGCGCUGUCAAGGGAAAGGUAAUUACUGGACUCUGGAUCCAAAUUGUGAGAAAAUGUUUGACAAUGGGAACUUCCGUCGGAAGAGAAAGCGCCGCUCUGAGGCCAGCAGCAGCUCCACAGUGGCUGCAGGGAUCAAAUCGGAGGAAGGGCUGUCCUCAGGAUUAGGGUCUGGAGUGGGUGGGAAGCCAGAAGGAGACAGCCCCUCCUCCUUGCUGAGGCCUGCCCAGUCCCCAGAGCCUCCUGAGGGCACCAAGAGUACUGCCUCAUCUCCUGGAGGAUCCGUGCUCACCUCCACCCCUUGCCUCAACACUUUCUUCAGCAGCCUCAGCACCUUAAGUGUCAGCAGCAGCGGGAGCACCCAGCGAGCUCUCCCUGGCAGCCGCCACCUAGGGAUCCAGGGGACCCAGCUGCCCUCCAGCACAUUCCCCCCCAGCUCCAUCUCAGAGGCCUCACCAGACACCUUGCAGCUGAGUAACAGCAGCGGCAAUAGCAGCAGCCAGAGAUCUUCCUAUUACAGCCCUUUCCCUGCCACCACCAGUGGGGGCCAAGGCAGCCCCUUCAGUAGCCCUUUCUACAACUUCAGCAUGGUCAACAGCCUCAUCUACCCCCGGGAGGGCUCUGAGGUGUAG